UAUCAACAAGCUGGUGGCUACAGCUAACCUGACCUAUAUCGGUACCAUAUGUCUGUAACUGCAGUUAAGAUAACACCAUCUAAUAAGUAGCGUGCUUCCUCUCGGCAGGAAUGUCUCUGGCUGACGCAGAAGCCGUGAUUAAAAAUAUUAUCAUUAAAAUAGUGCAGGGGUGUGCUAUGGGAGGACAAGUUGUGUCGGACACUUUGGUGGCUUUCAUGGUAAACGCUGUUGUGCUGGAUCCAAGAAAUGGGUUUAGUGUUGACCAAACACUGACCAAACAAGAUGUCCAGAAAAUUGAGGAGCUGUGUCUGGAUAAACUCAUGGAAAAGUGUAGCCCAUCCCUUGACACAAUCAAAAUGCAAGUUUAUUUUGAUAUGAAUUAUACUUCUCGACGUGAGUUUCUUGAGGAAAUCCACCAGGUGAAGGAGUCCAGGCUGAGCCCACUGAGCAGAGAGAUUGCUGAUAGCAGAGUGAAAACAAGGGAAGAAUUAGAUGCUCUGUAUCGCAAAAUCGUCACUUACAUCCUGCUGCUCUCUGGCAUGGGCUCACCUACAGAUGUCAACACUUUGCAAGAGGCCACAGCUGCCCUGCAGAGCAUCUUCCCUCAGUCUGAACUGGGAACCUUCAUGAUGCUUUUAAAGAGGGACAAGGAGCAGCAACUUAAUGAACUCACCAUGAUUGUCACAGGGAUCCAACUCUUCAACAAAGCCAUCAAAAUGGGAGAAGAGGAGACUGACUUUCAUGAACUCGUGCCCACAGUUAUUAAUGAAGCUCUUCCAGUAAUCAAUAAAAGCAUAGAAAGUGAAAUGAGUGUCUCACAAAGUUUAGCGUGGAAGUAUACAGCUGUGCUGGAGAAGCUAAUGGAAUCUGUCUGUCAGCCUGGAGAAUGUGACAUUCCCAUUGUUCUGCUCCAGCAGGCUCUGUACAACGUCAGGCAACAUGAAGCUUUCCUCAGAAUGCUACUGGCAGAUGCAUGUUUAUGUGCCAAAAAUGUUGAAAUCCUGCAGAGGGAGCUCUCAUUACAGAUGAAGCUGCUAAAAGAAACUGUGCAGUCAAAGACAGCUGUACCCACUGUGAAAGUUUUUCCACUGUUCAAGGCCCUAUCAAAACUGUGGUGUGGACUUCAGGAUGAGGCUGAGCUGCUGAAUAUCCUCAAUAACAUCAGGCUCAAUCUGCAGCCCUUUCUCACCUCUCAGGCCAAGAUUUUUUCUGAAGCUUAUUUGGAUAGCUUGCUGGAAACUUCAGAGGUGAAGACAGAUGAACAAAGAAUGACUGAGUCAUCAGAUGAGCAUAUUGUUCCAUCUGAAAUGAAGGCACAAGAAUGGCUCCUGCCUGAUACAACAGCCGGUUCUAAUGAUCUGCCACUACAGUAUAAUGGAAUCUGUGGCUACAUGCUUGUGAACAGAAAUGGACUCCUUCUUCCAGGUAAUCCAAACAUUGGAAUCCUGAAACAUAAGGAGAAGCUCUAUGUUUUUAGCUCCAAGAAAGCUGCCUUGAAAUUUUCUUCCAAUCCAGAUGACUUCAUUGCAGAAAUUGCAGAAAGAGCCAAGAUCUCCCCUGAACUCAUUCAUCUCCUCAAACUCCAACAGUUUUCCAGCAUUAGUCCGUACUGUAUGCCAGGAUCGAGUGUGCUGGUAAGGCAUGUCACCAAGUGUGAGAGCAGCACACAGACCGAUAUCCACCCUCUGGAAACAAACGUUGUCAAUUCAUAUGAGUGGAAUGAGUGGGAGCUGCGACGAAAAGCUAUCAAACUGGCUGAUCUUCUGACCAAAGUGACAAAGUCUUCGCAGACAGAACUGAGCCAUAUGAGACGCGAAAAUGUUACUCAGACCUGGCUGCUCAAGAACGUUGCCUGUCAAAGCAAGAGAGAUGGCGAGAGCAACACACCCAAACCUCAGAUGUACCUGGCACAUCUGAGGGGACGAAGAGAUGGACAUGUGGUCAAAACAAACCUGGCCAGAUCAGUGGAUGAAUAAUCAAGGUGUGCAAAAAACUGUUUGUUCUUGGGGUAAAUAAAAGUUAAUAUACUGUAUGUUAUUAUUAUUCUAAAGUGCAUUUAUCGGGACCAUGUAUAAAAGAAACAAUCUCAUGCAAUGAGAAGAGAUGUUUUACCAUGGUUUGUUAAUAGCUCAUUUCCAUCUGCAGUCCGUGUGUGUGAUUGUUUUUAUUCAUUUUGCUCUUGUGUAACUUAAUAAAGACCAAAGGAGUCUGCACACAACCUUAUAAAUUUGAACAUUUUCAAAAGUAGAUUAGUUUGCAAUCCAUGGAAAGAAAAUAUUCUGGAAGAGUUUGUCUUCUGAAAGGAAGGGCCUGGAAGAGUAUCAGGCAAUUAUUUAAACUGCUGAAUGUAUUCAUGGUGAGAGUAAGACUGAGCUGGAAAAACUGCAUGCUUGUUUGCAAUGAUGGGCCACAAGAGUGGAAUUAUUGUAAGGACAAAAGCUGUCAACCUGAAUGCAGUGGGGAUGCACUGGAUGCUGCACCAGCAGGCAUGUGCAUCCAAAGGUAUGGAGCCAGAGCUUCACUCGAUUUUGAACACUGUUCUGACCACUGUGAAUUUUGGAAAAUAAUAAGCAUUCCAGUCAGUUUGUUUAUAAAGUGUGAUGGAUGUCCUGAGGGAAGGUUUUGCAGAGGAUCUUCCAGCUAUGCAGUGAGAUCUCUGAGUUUAUGAAGGAUGUAAAACCAGAUGUUUAUAUACUUUUAUCUGGCUGCUGAAAUUGGCCUAUCUGGCAUAUUCAGCUCACUAAACAGCUUCAACCUAUCUAUCCAAGGAAGAUGCACCUAAAUUCUCUGCAUUUAUUUAAAAAACAGAGCCACAUGUUUCUCCAGCUUGUGGAUUUUCUAUGCAUGAAUAACCUGUCUGUGGAUGUAUUGAAAGACCUCACUGCACUAGCCAGCACUUAACUCAUAUUUCUCUGCUUUGAACACUGAUGCUUGGGACUGGGUGUGAGAUCCUUUUGCCCCAGCGACAACAGCUUCAAGUGGCCUGACUGGUAAGGCAGAAGAGCAGCUGCUGGGGUUAAUAAAAUGUUUGCUUCCUUCCUCUAAAACUUACCUUUGUGAGUCAUUGUUCUCCACACUGACUGCACUAAAGCCUAAGCACAGGGCAGCUUUAUGUGUGAAAAAUUACAUGAGAGUCUACCUGUCAACUAUAAAUCCAAGAACUGAGAAACUGUUUAGUGAAAGACAGGCAUACAUGUCUCGCUAAAUUCAGGUAAGCUGCAAAUGGCAAGAAACAGCUGAGAUUGUGCAGUGCAAAUGUUAUAGAUGUUUUAAAAUUGUGGUAACUGUUCUGUAUAAAUGUUUACAUGCUAUAUUUAUGCUGUAUGUAUAACAGAAGGCAGUCAUUUAGGAAAUGUCUUCCCCUAAGGGGUCCCUGACCUGAAAAGGUUUGAGAACCCCAUAUAUGAACAGCUGAGUGAAGUAAACUAAUAUUGAGGUGUUCAACUACUCCCAAUGCUGUAGUCAAAAGGGGCAUCAUUGGCAAAAUAAGGGGCAGACUGCAAAUAAAGUUAUUAUAACAGCCCACCAACUAUGCCAGUUGUUCUUUGAAUUUAUUAUGAAUGUGUUAAACCCAGUUCUUUAAUUGAAAGCCCGAGUUGUUGUUAGAUAUUAGUAAUCGAUAGACAAUGUGUUAGUAAUGCAAUUCAGUAAGAUUCAAAGACUGCUCAUUUCUAAGUUUUGGGACUCAUACAUUUAUAAGUUUUGGCUAACCUCUUACACAGAAAGAUUAGAAAACCACAGAUGAAGUCAGUCUGGAGACUCAUCUCUUAUUUAGAGUGUUAGGUAAUUUCUUAG